UCCACCGCGGCUGCAGCGCAGGUCACAUGACCACUCGUCUGCUGCUGGCCGAGCGAGGCGUGUUAGCAGGUUUUUCUAUUUUGUACAUACAGAGUUUUGUAUAUACUGUAUAUGAUGAGCUCACUGGGCAGCGAAAAGGCCCGGGCUCCUCGGGAAAAAGCGCUGCCAGCUGCCACUCACACAUCACAGCCACAGAAGCAAAUACAGGCUACUGCGGAGCAGAUCCGGCUUGCUCAGAUGAUCUUUGAUAAGAAUGAUGCUGACUUUGAGGACAAAGUUAAUCAGUUGAUGGAGGUGACGGGGAAGAACCAGGAUGAGUGCAUGGUAGCGCUCCACGACUGCAACGAGGACGUUAGCAGAGCCAUCAAUUUUCUCCUAGAGAGUUCCUCGGACAUGACCUCAUGGGAGACAGUGGGGAAGAAGAAGCCCCUCGUGAAGGAGGGCCCAUCAGAAAGCAAAGAGAAUAAAGAGAAUAGGGAAAAGAAAGGAGAGAAAGAAGCUAACAAGGCCCGCAGCAAUGCAAACCGCAAAGCCAAGGGGAGCAGUCGCAACCGACAGGCUCGGCCAGAAGAGAACGGCGUUGAGGUGACGCCAGUGGACAGGGGUUCUGAUCGAGGGCGGAGGCUCAGAGGGAGCAGAGGUUCUGGAGUUCGAGGUCGGGGCAAAGCACCAACAGGGAGCAGGUUCUCAGCCCAGGGCAUGGGGACCUUCAAUCCUGCUGACUAUACCUCAGAAGCUGGGACUCGGACCGCACAAACUGAGGAUUGGGACACGGCGACCAGCAACAACACAGAUGGGACUGUUACCUGGAGAAAUACUUUGGAAGACUGGGCAGCUGAGGAGUGGACUGAAGAUGUCAGUCUCUCGGAGACCAAAGUGUUCACCCCCUCAUGUGCACCUGCUGCUGAGAACCAUAUCACACCUGGGCAAAGUCUGGACCUUGCCACACUGUUGCAGAAGCCUGGGGUUGGAGGAAGACAGCCACCUUGCUCCUCUUCCUCUCAGGGUCUAGUGUUCACAAACUCCCACCAUCACCAGCAGCCACUCCCCAGCCGCAGCUCCACCAGUAGCACGAGCUACGCACACGCUGCUCUGUCAUCAGUUUUGGGAGCUGGUUUUGGGGACUUGGGUCCGGCCAAGAGGGCCCAGUCCAGCGCUGGAGCUCAGAUACUGGAGCAGCUCAAGGGGCCCGGCUUAGGUCAGCUGCCCUCGUCCCAGGCGGCCCCCCCUGUCAGCACGCAAGGAAGUAACACCUCCAUGGGUCGACUGCCAGGUUUGGGAGCGACUGUGUCUCCGCCCUCAUCCUCUAGCUGGGACAUGAAAGCUUCAGAAUCAAACGCCACCUCACUCUCUUCACAGUUCAGUCGUGAGUUUGGUCUGCAGCCAGAACCGUCUCUUGUGCUGAGCCAGCUCGUUCAGAGGCACACCGGCCCCUCCUUGCCUUUGGCACGGCAGGCCAGUCCUCCAUCACAACAGCAAGCACCUCCUGCUUCAGCCUCACCUGCUUCCCAACACACCAGCACGCCAACACAGGCUGGCCCGGUGAUGGCUGCUGCUGGUGCUAAAUCUCCUGCUCCUAACGCGGGGCUGGAUUCUCAGGGCAGCAGUAUGCCACAGCAACAACGGGUGCAGCUCAAAGGUCCAAAACGAAGGAUACCUCCCACAUCAAAGAAAACCCCUCUUUGGCAGAUUCCCUCCACCGCAGUGGAGAUGCCAGGCUCAGCUGACGUCCCUGGACUCAACCUCCAGUUUGGAGCUUUAGAUUUUGGGUCGGAGUCAGCGUUGCCAGAGUUUGGAGUUGUGGACAGUUGUGUGAGUGCAGUGUCCCGGGAGUCCACGCCGGCACCUGCCGCAGCGCCACCAGCAUCAGGGCCAGGGACGCAGAACCAGACAAGUCUGUACUCAAAACCGCUCAGUGAGUCGCUGGCCAACCCUCUCUCAGUUGCCCUUCCAUUGUCGCUGUCCUCGUCAGAGCCAGUAUAUCACUCUUCAGCGGCGGCUCUGCCCAGUCUCACUCCUUCGUUAGGGACAGCCAGCUCCACCAAUCCUCCCCCAUCCUGUUCAACAACAUCAACCACCUCCUCCUCGGCUCCCUCCUCCUCACACUUCUCCUCAGUGGGGGGAAGUUAUGAUGGGACAGUGUCCAAUCAUUCACGGCUGGCCUUCUCCCAGAGCAAAGAGGCCAUGGGCCCAGUGAUGAAUGGUCUGAAUGGUGUAAGGACCUCUGCUGCUCUUGACAAUUCAUCAGCUUCUUCCACACCAAAGCCAGAGUCGCCAUCUGUGAACAUCAACACCAACGGUCCUUCAGCACCUUCGUCCCACUUACCCUCUUCCCUCCCUGCACACACCUCCACCACGCUCUCUAACCUGGCACAGGACCAUCCCUCGGCAAGCCAACUCAACUCACUAAACAGCCAUGUCAGUAGUCAUUCCUCAAGUUCAGCUCUGGGAUCAAGUUCUCUUACUUAUACCAGUGUUGACAGCAGCAACAUCAGCUCGCUGGCUCCGUCGUCUGGCUCCUACACGCCAUCGCAGCCCACAGCCUCAUCGCUCCACUCAGUGCACAACAGCAGCAACAGUAGCAGCAACAUCAGCCACCUGGCCAACAUGCCCAACAUGGGCAACAUGAGCAGCACAGUUGGUGGGAUCACUGGUGCAGGUGGACUUAACGCCGCUGCCGCCAUCGCCACCAGCGCAGUGCUGGGACUUGGCUCCAAUGGAGCUACUGCCACGUCUAACCUCUCUGCACCAAGGACGGCACCCCUGCUCUCUUCCGCUGGUAAAGCUCCACCUAACCUGUCCCAGGGAGUGCCUCCUCUACUGCCCAACCAGUAUAUUAUGGGCCCAGGGGGACUGCUGCCUGCUUACCCCCAGAUUUAUGGUUAUGAGGACCUCCAUAUGCUCCAGUCCAGACUGCCCAUGCCCUCUUUGCAGGAUUACUAUGGAAUCACAUUCCCUGGCCCCGCAGCAGCUCUCUCUGGCAGAGACGGGAGCCUCGCCAACAACCCCUACUCAGGUGAAGUCACAAAGUUUGGCAGGAACGACUCCACCUCCCCCGCACCCCCCACCAGCCUGGCGGCCCAGCAGCCUCCCCAGGCCCAGAGCCAGGGCCAGAACCAGGCCCAGCCUCAGCCUCCUCAGGCCCAGCUUCAGCCCCAGGGCCAGCCACAACACCACAGCAGUCAGCAGGCCUUCCUGCCGCCAGGUUACAGCUACACGGGCCUGCCUUACUACCCUGGUGCUGUGCCCAGCGCUGCCGCCUUCCAGUACGCCCCCACCAUGUUUGUCCCUCCUGGAGGUCCGGGUUCAGCCAAGCAGCACAGCCUGGGCCUGGGGAACCCCUCGGCCAGCCCCUUCCAGCAGCAGCAGCAGCAGCAGCAGCAGCCCAGCGGUUACAGCCAGCACACCUUCGCCUCAGGGUAUGAGGAGCUGACAGCGGGGCCAGCAGGAGUGGAGUACGGUAAAGGGUACAACACCUCUUCACAGGCACAAGCCAAAUCUGCUGCUGCGGGGCCUGGAAAAGCUCUUUCAGGUGUCUCAGUGACAUCCAGUAACUCCGGUGUGCCAGACAUCAGUGGAAGUGUUUACAAUAAGACCCAGUCUUUUGAUAAGCAGGGCUUCCAUGCAGGGACCCCUCCGCCCUUCAGCUUGCCAUCUGCCCUGGGCGGCCCCGGGCCUCUGAACCCCGGAGCAGCUCCGGGAGGCUAUGCACCGGCCCCGUUCCUCCACAUCUUGCCUCACCAGCAACCACAUUCACAGCUGCUGCACCACCAUCUAGCUCAAGAUGGACAGGUCGGUCCCACCCAGCGGGGCCAGUCCAGCAGCCUGCAGCAGAAGAGCCAGGUCAAUAAGUCGAGCUACGGCAGCUCCCCCUACUGGGCCAACUGAGGGGGCGACGUCUGUGACGUGCGUGCGUGCACGUGCAUGGACACACAGCCACAGAGGAGGCCACUCGAGCGGAUCUGACCGACAAGAUCACAGAGGGACAAGCUGAAAACACACACUACCAUCCCCUCCCUCCCCUUUGCUCUGUAUAUCCCCUUUUCAAAUUUAUGGCUGUUGUAUGUAAAAUAUAUUUAUGUAUUUAUACAGUAUAUAUGUAUUGGUAGGAUAUAAAAUGUGUUUGUUUUUGGUUUUGCAUUUUUAUUUCGAAGGACAUUUUAUUUCAUAAAAAAAUGUGGAAAGAUGAAAAUGGUAAGUCAUGAAGAUGAAGGUGACUAUACUUGAACACAAGCAUCUUGUGAUGUGGAUUUUUUUUCUUUUGUAUGCAUAUAUGAACUGAGAAUGAUGUACAUAGAUUAUACACAUCAUUUUCACGGCAAAUGCCUUUUUUUAAUUUUAGAAAAAAAAUGUUUUGUAACUUUGGUCUCCCACAUCUGUGAAUCCUUAUAUUGAGGGUGACUUAAUAGCUCGAGUUCUUUUUCUCCCCAUUUUCCUCCACUUGUCUCAUUCCUAAAUCCUUACUAGUAGGUUGGCUUGGCCAGCCAGGCCUUGAAUUUGAUGUUAUUUUAACAUUGGUUUAAUCCUUGUUGUCCAAAUUAAAAGUUAACAAUUUCAAUGGAUCUGAGGUGUAUUUUCAGUUUUUAA